CACAUUCUCAGACAACUUGAAGCAUAGAUCUGCAGGGUGAACCACUUGGUUGGCUAAAGAGCCAUGAACCAGUGGGGUUGCAAGAAACAAAGAUUGUCUUUGUUCAAUAUAAGUACCUUGAGGUAAUGAGCAUCACUUCCACAUGUACCAACAGCUUUCAUCUUAAUUCUCGCAUCAUGAGGACCUAAACAUGAUCAUAACAAAAGGGUCACGAAAAUAAUCAAAACCAUGAAAAAGAAUGAGCUUACCCAACGGAAGGAAGAUGAAAAGGUUGGAUUUGGAGAGUGUUCAGACCAGCCAACCAAGCAUCCAUGUUCUAUUUUUCCACCUUGGAGCCUUCUCCAUGAGACAUUCCUCCUUUCCCCAUUACUCUUCUCUGCUAUGCUCAGCUCAAAGGCUCUGUACUGAUCUCAGCUAUUGGAUUAAGUGAAAGACAAAAACAAACCCACCAGAGCCUUAAAAGAAUGAUUUAAGAAAACAAAAGGGGUCAGCAUCGAAAUCUCCACAAUAUAAUAAAUAAAUACACAUGAACCACGAAAUAUGAAAACGUGCCUUUUUCGAGAUUUGGAUAAACCCAUAUUGUUGAUUAGUCUUUUUCUAGUUACAUCAUAAUCAUGUUUAACAGAUUGUUUCACUCGUAAUCUAAACAUAGACAUAUUGAGAACAAGUUUCCCUAGAUAGCUUUGGGUUUUCGAGACUUGGAUAGCUUCUUUGACUUGAAUAACAUUACAAUAUCAAAUCUACCAGACAAGUUUCUGAGUUGGUUAGUCUUUUUGAUUAGCGAGGAAGAUUUUUUUUUUGGUUAUAUCACAAUUUAUCAUCACUUGUUUCACUUUGAUGGCUUGCAAUAACCAAUUUACAUAUCCAUGUGAGACUAAACACAUGAAGCAAUAACAAACAAGUCUCUCACUCUAUAUGUGCAGUUUUGACUAUUUGUUUAUUGUAGUAAUCAGCUCAAAUUUUAAUUUUCUUUAAAUAAUUAAAAUUUAAACCAUGAAAACAUCAUCAACUUCCAUGUUACAAAGUUUUCCUAGAUCCUACGGUUGACAUCAAAAAAAUUAUAAUAGCAAAGCUUCUUCUCAUAAAGAUCAAAGUACCAAAGAUCCAAUCUUCAUUAAAAAUAAUUACCAAGAUCCUAAACUCUUUGUAUGAAUGUACGACCAAUAAAUAAGUGUUGGUGAACCAUCAAAGCUUCCUCUCAUAAAGAUUUAACGAAAAGAGGCUCAUGCUUCAUGAUCUUAUUAUAUAAACCUCACCAAACCUUGCUCAUUUGUUUGGCUCCGAUCUAAGUAUAAAAGAAUCACACAUACUUUUUUUUUUUUGUAACAGAAGAAUCACACAUACUCUUUCACCAUAAUGAGUUUUCAAACAUUAUGGCUAUUUCGCAUAGUUCUCAUCGUAACAUUCAUCUCCCAUGCCUCGUGUUUUCCAGAUCAAGCUGGGUACUAUAGUUUUACGAAAGAUGCAAAACUCGCACCAAUGUUCGCUCGCUUCGAUUACAUAAUCAUCGGAGGAGGAACCUCCGGUUGCGCGCUAGCCGCAACGCUCUCUCAAAACGCUAGCGUUUUGGUUCUUGAGCGCGGCGGCUCGCCAUACGAAAACCCGGCGGCGACGGAUAUAGGAAACUUCGCCACAACACUCUCAAACACAUCACCCAAGUCAUGGUCGCAGCUUUUCAUCUCCGAAGACGGCGUUUACAACACACGCGCGCGUGUUCUUGGAGGAGGCUCGGUGCUAAACGCCGGAUUCUACACACGUGCCGGGGAUGACUACGUGAAGGAGGCUGAGUGGGAGAGCGGUGAAGUAGAAGCUGCUUAUGAGUGGGUCGAGGAGAAAGUAGCGUUUCAACCGCCGGUGAUGGGAUGGCAAACAGCGUUGAAAGAUGGGCUUCUGGAGGCUGGAGAGUUUCCGUACAAUGGUUUCACGUACGAUCAUAUCAAUGGGACCAAGAUCGGUGCUACGAUCUUUGAUCAAGCCGGUCAUAGACAUACUGCUGCUAAUUUGUUGGAGCAUGCUAAUCCGGACACGCUUGCUGUCUAUUUGCAUGCUACAGUUCACAAGAUCCUCUUCACAACCAAAGGAAGGCCAAGGCCAAAAGCGUACGGAGUGAUAUUUCAAGAUGCAAAUGGAGUGUUACACAAGGCAGAGCUGGCGAAAAUCGCAACGAACGAGGUGAUUUUGUCCGCGGGUGCCAUCGGGAGCCCGCAACUGCUGAUGCUUAGCGGUGUGGGUCCUAUGGCUCAUCUUACGGCUCACAAGAUUAAACCGGUGGUCUUAGAUCAUCCAACGGUCGGGCAAGGGAUGGGAGAUAAUCCGAUGAAUGCCAUCUUUAUUCCUUCUCCUACGCCCGUGGAGGUUUCUCUAAUACAAGUCGUUGGGAUCACAAAACAUAAUAGUUACAUCGAAGGAGCAAGUGGCGUAAUCAUUUCUUAUAGUUGGACUCGUAAUUAUUUCGAUGGUGUUUUGAAUUAUCUCAACGAGAUGCAGACAAGCCGUACUAAUACAUCUACAACAUUCUCGACUCAAUCCAUCACAGAUUUUUUCAAGUCUAUACAUCCGUUAUUGAGUGCAACAACAAAAGCCGGUUUGAUUCUCCAGAAAGUGGCUGGACCGGUCUCGAGAGGUCACUUGGAGCUUAGGAACACAAACCCAAAUGAUAAUCCUUCAGUGAGGUUUAACUACUACCAAGAGCCAGAGGAUCUAAAGAAAUGUGUUGAAGGGAUUACCACUAUUAUUAAAGUGAUUAACUCCAAGGCAUUUGCGAAAUUCAAGUACCCCGACGGGACCAUACAUGGCUUGCUCGAUCUAAUACUAAGCAUUCCCACUAAUCUAAGACCGAGACACGUAACCUCGGUGUUUGAUUUAAGACAGUUUUGCAUAGACACUGUGAUGACUAUUUGGCAUUACCAUGGAGGUUGCCAAGUUGGAAGAGUGGUAGACAAGAAUUACAAAGUCUUAGGUAUUGAUGGUUUAAGGGUUAUAGAUGGAUCAACAUUUCUCAAGUCUCCGGGGACUAACCCUCAAGCUACGGUUAUGAUGCUUGGAAGGUAUAUGGGACAAAAGAUUCUUCGAGAGAGGGGAGCUUUCCACAAAAAGGAUGAAGAAGCAUGAGCUAUUACUUUCAAAUAGUUAUUGUGCGUAGAAUAUGCUUUGAUUACAAACUUGCCUAUUACACUUUCAAAAGGAGGUUUGGAAAGUGAAGCAUCAGCUAUAUGUAAAGGAGGAUAAUCCUUUGAGCAUAUUCGGUUGCUCGAAUAGUUUUUUUUUUUUUGGUUAUAUAAAUUGCGUAGAAGUUGUUACCACAAAAUGUUAGGAGAAAAUUGUUAGAUGAAAGAAGUCAGUAAAAGGGAAAUUCAACUUUGGCAAAGGAAGUACAAUUAGUGAGACAUGUUCACAAGUUUGAAGUUGAGUCUUUUGCCAAAGGAGAGUUGCCCUUUACUGUUCUAUCUUUUGAUCGUGUUCAGCGUAAUUUUGCAAAUCAUAUUCCCUUGUCCUAUUCA